AUGAAUAUUAAUAUUCAAGAAAUAAUAGAGAAAGAAGAAUCGAAAGCAAAAGCAGAAGAAAAAGGAAGACGGAUUGGCAAAAUGUGGAAUCCUGAUGUUGAAAAUCUAUUUUCAAUGUGUGAUUCGGAGGCGAAAGGAUUUUUGACUAUGGAUGAUUUGAAAAAGGUCUGCCCACAAUUGGAUGAUAAUGUGAGUUUUUUUCGGGAAAUGGCUUUGAGUUUUUGAAAGAUUUCAAAGUUAUUGUUGAUAUUGUUAGAAUAUGAAAAAUUUGAUGAAUAAAACAAUUGUAUAAAUGAAUCUAAAACCUUGAUAUAUUUAGAAAUCGACUUUUUUCUAUUUUUUCGUUUUCAUUAAUAUAUAUUAGGUGUUCCUUUUUUUAUAGAAAUGAAGUUUAGGAAUUUUUAAGCUGAAAAUCCAGAAUGAUACCACGGAAAUGUUAUUUUAAAAUUUUCAUUUAUCUAAACUUUUUUAUAUCUCAGAUUUCCCUUACAAACUUCACAACAUUUCAGAAAUCAUAGCUUCUUCUUCUUCUUCAAAUUUCAUAUCGAAAAUUCUUCCCAAGAAAAUUAACAAUCAAAUUUUUCCAUGUGACUUUAUCCUAAUUCAACACUAGAACAAAAUGUGUGCUGGGAAAAUUGUCUCUUACCUCUCUACGUCUCCUUUCCCUCACAUACAUAAAUAUUUUUUGAUUUUUUUUAGGAUAUCAAGUUUAUCUUCAAGCAAUUGGAUUCAGAUGGAAGUGGAAAAAUUGAAAAAGCCGAAUUCUGUAAAGGUUUUGAGGAUGUUGUUAACAAAGGGGAGAACUCUCCAGGUAACCUUUGCUCUUCGAAAAUUCCUAAGAAACUCCCUGUUUUCAGGGCUCAAUGGUAUGCAGCGUCGAGCAUCAGUUCACUACGAUGAUACGGUAUUCCGGCGCGCAGAUGAGCAAAUUUUCGAUAGCAGUGAUACUGAAUCAACAAGUCGAGCUUCACAAUAUCUCCGAACUCUUGAUGAAGAUGUUUAUCACUCGGAAUCCGAUUCAAAUGUGAAUAUUGAUUUCAGUGUUCCAUGUCAGGAAGAAGUUUUAUUGCUUUAUGAGCAGCUUCAAGUGACUGGAAUGCCUCAACUUUUAAGGAAAUUUGAAAAAGUUGUUGGGUCAUUUUGUAAGGAGAUUAAAGAGAAGAAACAUGAGAAUGAGAGAUUGCAACAUAUUUAUGCGAGUGAAAGAGAGAUGUAUAAUCGGAGAAUGGAGGAAGUUGAAUGUGAAAUGGAUCAACAAUUGGAAAUUGCCGAGAUGAAGGCUAGAAAAGAGGUUGGGAAGUUUGGUUUAGCUGAAAUUUUCAGCGAUUUUUUUCUGGAAUUCUGAUUUCAAGUUGAUGAAGUUCAGUGGAUGAAAAUAAAUUUCAGAAAUUAAUUUUCAUUUGGAAAUUCCAGAAAAAAUUUACAGUUAACUUUAAAUUUUGAUGAUUCAACACAAUAAAUCUUUAGAAAAACCUGUUGAUCUAGGAAAUUUCGUAAUUUUAUAUAGCAAAAAAAAAACAAUUGUUCCAGGAACGCGAACGGCUCACAAAAGAAAAAGAAGACAUGAAAGAACAAAUGAACGAAGAAAUCCGAGAAAUGCGAAAAAAUAUCGAACGACUUCAAAGAAUGGAAACAAUUUUAGAAAAAGAAAAUGAUAAACUGAAUCAUCAAAAAAUUAUGAAUGAAAAAUUGAAAGAGGUCAAUGAAGAAAAUACAGAUCUUCGCAAAAACCUGGCUGAAAAUCAUUUGGAACUUGCUAUGAUAAAAAGUGAAUUGGCUAGUAUUCGAGCAGAUUAUGAUCAGAAGCGUGAAGAAUUGUCAGCUAGAAAAGGUAAAAACUGAUAAAGCUUGGGGAUCAUUUUGAAAUUUUUUUAUAGACCAAAUCUACAGUGCUUACGAGGAAAGUGAAGCUGUCAAAAAGCAACUUCAAUUAUUAUUGUGAGCAAAUAAAAACCUCUGUUAUUCAAAAAAAAAUCAAUAAAUUUCCAGUGAUGCAAAUCGUAAACUUCACGAGACCAAUGAGAGCCUCAGGGAUGCUCUAGACAGUCGGGCAAAUGUUUUAAGGCAGUUCAAUUUGCGAACACCGUCUCCUGGAUUAUUGUCAAAUCGCAGUUCAAUUGAAAAUUUUCAAGCUUAUAAUCAGGGAGGAACAAAAUUUAAUCCGGUGGCGUUGCAUGCGAUUAGUACAGAGGAAGAUGGGAGUGAGUUUGAGAUAUAUUGAAAAUCUUCUGGGUUUAGAUACAGUACUAAAAAGUGUUUUUGGAAAAAAACAGAAAUCACAAAAAAACACAAUUUUUUUCAAUAAUCAGUGUUCUUUAUCAACACAUUUUCAACCACUAGACUAUAUUUCAAUUUUGAUUCUUGAUCUCUUCUAGAACUAUUUUCAAAAAAUAUAAUUUCACAGCUCCGGAAACCUCAAUAAUUCUGGAUGACCCUAUCCCUGAAACGAAAUGCGAGAUGGGUUAUCAUGAACCGAAUGGGCCUGCCGAACGAACUUUUAGAAUUGUGAUGUGUGGAGAUGCCGCAGUCGGAAAAUCGAGUCUAGUCAUGAGAGUUGUUCGAAAACAAUUCACCAAUCAACUUCCCUCAACUCUCGGUGUCGAUUUUCAUGUGAAAACUGUUAAUGUUGAUGGGCACAAUGUGGCACUUCAACUUUGGGAUACAGCUGGGCAAGAAAGGUAACAUUAUUCCCUAUUUUUUUGUUUCAAAAUUUUACCUAGCUUGAAUUUUUGAUCUUAUCAGAAAUGUCGUUAAAAAGCCAUAAUUUUUACAUCAUUCUAUGAUAAGCAAAAAAUAAAGCAUGACAUGAUUUUGUAGAUUCCGAUCAUUAUGCAAAUCAUAUUUCCGGCGAGCCGAUGGUGCGAUUUUGGUAUAUGAUGUUAGUGCUGAACAUACUUUUUUGAGAAUCAGGGAUUGGAUCGAUACUAUUAAGGUGAGAAAAUCUGGUGAACCUAAACUUUUGGAAUUUUUUGUGGAUACAGAAAUGAUGAGCCUGAAGUUUAGAAUAAGAAGAAGUUCCAGAAUUCAAUUCCCACCUAUGCUUUCAAAUUCAGCGAAAACUUCUCACAAAACGCUCGAAAGAUCUAAAUUUUUCCAGGAAUCCACAGAAAGAAGUAUUCCCAUAAUCCUAGUCGGCAACAAAAGCGACCUCCGAGUUGGAGAUCUUGGCGCAGUCACUAAAUCAGAUGGUGCCUCAAUGGCGGCGGUAACUUUUCAUCUAGCACAUGUUUUUUUCUAAUUGUCAUUUUUCAGGCAAUGGGUGUUCUAUUUAUGGAAACCAGUGCACUUGACGGCAGUAACAUUGAUAACACAAUGUUAGCUUUGACCAGGUUUGAUUUUUGAACUAGAUAAUCUAAAGUUUCUACAGUAACUUAUGUAUGUAUUUUUUAAAGGGAGCUGAUGGCUGUGGAAGAUGUGGAGAUUCGAUCAACUGGUGUGAUUUUGUCGCCGAAGGAUAAGAAUAAUAAAACUGGGUGUUUCAGUAAAUGCAGAGGGUCAUAG